UCCAAUACGUCGUGGACUGCGCUCGAACGUGGUGCUCGGAGCACCGCUUCAUAUACGGGGGACCGAUGCCCUGCCAGAUUCUGAGCAGGCGACUCGCCGACCUAAUCCAUUCUUGUACUACGCGCGGAGGCAAGCGGCCUCUUGCUGUCGACAUCCUAGUUGGAGGGGUUGAUGACCACGCGGGCGCCAGCCUCCAUCGAGUGCAGGCAACAGGCGCGUUCCAGCGGUACCGAGCGUUCGCCGCGGGCGGCGGCGGAGCUGCUGCCACCGCCCGCCUUGCGGCAGCAGCGGACAAGGUGGCGGACGCUAGAGAAGUACAAGACGACGACGACGACGGGUUGCGACAGGCGUCAGACGAUGCGGUGCCGGGCUAUCUGUCCGGGGAAACACGGCAAGGCGUCCCCGUUGAUGCCACCACCACCUCCGCUGACGGAGCUUCUAGCGGUGAGGACGGGGGAAGGGGUGAUGCCGAGGAUAGCGCAACCGUAGCUGCAGCAGCAGCAGGAGUAGACGCAGCAACAACGGAAGCGGGGGGGCGAGCGGGGGGACGGGAAGGGCAAGGGCGCGGUACUCUCGCGCCCGAGCACCGCGCAGCCCUGAAGCGCGCGGUCGCAGCGCUGUGGGAGCCCGCGGGUGGCGGCGGCGGCGGCGGCGGCGGCGACGGUGACGGUGGUUCAGCCGGGGGGGAGGAACGUCACGGAAGGGAAGCCGCGACCCGCGGUGGCUUGAGGGCCGCCGAGCUGACAGCCACGGUGUACGGGAUCCAGCGGCAAGCAUCGGUGGAGUCGCCGAAGGAAGAGCGCGGCGGCGGCGAGAGCCUUGGCGACCCUGUGGGUGAUGCUGGUUUGGGGGGCGGGGAGGGGGAGGGGGCAUGGGAGCAAGGAGUCGGGUGCUCCCGAGAGGAGAUGGAGAGCAUCUUGCUCGAGCUAGAGGCAGAAGACGAAACGACCUCAAGAGGAAACUGGCGAUAGGAUACUAUUAGUGUGUGGAUGCUGAAAACAAUGUGGGUUUGGAAGGUCCCGAUAGACGCGUGUGUUGGCGACCAUGGCGAUAUUCCUUCGCUCAUGGUCCUCUAUCGCAACACUUAAUGGGUGUGGCAGUGUACGUGAAAGUCCUGUAGUAUCUACCAUGGCAGGUAGUAGUUCUUUUUGCCUAGAUAAUCUGGGUGCGGGAUUCUUUUCAGUGUGUACGGCCCUGUUAAACGAGAAACGGCCUCACGUGAAAUGCCCGAGAGGGGGUAGGAGGUGACAACCUUGGGGCGGUACCCAGCAGCAGUAGUAGGAUUCAACGGCAGCGAGGCAUGUACAGCAGUAGUCCACGCUGGGGUUUGUGAGGUUCAACUCGCUGGUGACCUUCAGAUCUCGAAGGCAAUGCGUGUGAGAGAUUUAGAGAGGGAGAGACGCGCGGUGGACGUGAGCACGCUAUUCAACGAGAUGUAAGUAGUCAGUCCUUUCUCUAGGCAUAUGCAUCCCACAAAAGAGGUACUACAACCAGCGAGUUCAUUGACCCUUCGGAUGAAGCGAUGUGCUUGGCAAGAUGGUUGGACUCUGGCAAAGGUGCCGUGGUAGAAGGAGCGGAGAUGUGGAAGACCCUUGUUCCGUUGUUACUCAGUGUUGUU